AUGGCGACUACUACCACUGUUCAGCAAGUCGUCGACAGAAACACCUACCUCCCAGCUCGCCUCUCCCUGCUGGCGAAGGAAAAGGAAGCCACCCGUCUCCGUGACGCGAUCAGCGCGGAGCGUAAAAUGCUCGGCGUCGUCGCGAUCGAAAAGGACUACAAGUUCAUCGACCCAGCCCGCCCUGACCAACCUCUGUCUCUCCGCGACCUCUUCACCGACCGCAAGCAACUCAUCAUCUACCACGCCAUGUUCGCGCCCUCCGACGACCCCUCAUCCCAAGCCUGUCCUUCUUGUACCCUCUUCUUGGAUCAUGUUCCGCAUCUGGAGCACCUACGCAGCCACAAUACCAAUUUCGUGGUGGUGAGUCGUGCAAAGCCGGAGCAGAUCGCGCGCUACAAGGCCCAAAUGGGCUACGGAGACCGCUCCCGCUGGGUCAGUAGCUAUGGCUCGGACUUCAACUAUGAUUUCGGGGUGACGCUGGACGGGGUCAAAAACGACACCUACAAUUUCCAGCCUGCGAGUCAUUGGCGGGAGCGGGGGAUGGAGUUCUUCACGAGUGGGGAGCAGCCGGGCCAUAGCGUUUUUGUUUUGGGUGGAGAGAAUAGGGGCGUGGGUAUUGGGGAGGAAGGGAAGGUGUACCAUAGUUAUAGCACGUAUGGGAGGGGUGGGGAGGAGGUGAUGGGGACAUUGAGGUGGUUGGACAUGACGCCGUUGGGCAGGCAGGAUGGGAGCGUGGAUGGGGCGGACGGGGUGGGAUAUCUGAGGCGGGGCGAGUACACGGAGAGGGACAUUGGAAAGAAUGAGUGA